AUGACUAGUGAAUCGAGCAAUCUCUUAACAACAGAUGCGGCUGAUGAGACAGAUGAAGAUCAGUUAAAGCGAGGCGAAGAAUUUGUUGUAAAUUACAAUAAAAACACAAAGAAAUGGACAGCGAAAAUUAAAAUUCCUGUCCCCUUAUGGCAUUUUGUAAUCGGACCAAAAGGAUCUAUGAAAAGGAAAAUUGAAGAAGAAACGAGCUGCAGGUUAAAUUUUCCGGUGAAGAAGAAAAAGAGACGUCCUGUAGAAAUCGUGUCAAUGACAUCAGAGGAAAGUGUGAUGCGUUGCCGUGAUCGAAUCCAACUAAUAAUCCAUGAAGCACGUGGUAGAGCCUCAUACACGCAUUUUGUUUCAAUUCCUAUGACGCAUGAGAUUAUUAAAGACAGUUUUCUCAAAUUUGUGAACACAAUUAAAAAUGAUGAGGAAUUACCGGAUUCUUGUAGAGAAGAAACGGUUUUUCAAGAAUCAAGAAAAUUACAUCUGACAAUAACAAUGCUAUCAUUGUUGGACACUAAUGAAGAAAAGUCCGUAUCGAAUUCGCUAGAAACAGUAAUCAAUACACACGUAAGAGAAGUCUUGAGUGGUGAACCAUUGGAAGUAGAAGUUAAAGGAUUAGAAAUAAUGAACGACGAUCCGACCCGUGUUAACGUACUGUAUGCACUGAUCUCUUCAGAUAAAUUGGUCAAUAUCGCAAAUACAAUAGCAGAAGCUAUGAGCGAUACAGGUUAUGCUCCACAGCAGAAUUCAGUAAAGUUACAUCUGACCUUAAUGAAUACCAGAUAUUUGUGGGAGAAAAAGAAAAAGAGAGAAAAAAUGGACGUGACGAAGUUAUUGGAGAAAUAUAGAAAUUAUGACUUUGGGAAAGUCACAAUAGCUGAAGUCCAUAUAUCGAAUUUAAAAGGACCAGCAGAUGAACAUGGAUAUUAUUCUUCGAUUGGAACCUUUGAAUUGAACAGGAUAAAGCAUGAUAUAUAG